AUGGAGAGCAAGAAGCGCAAGCUCCCCGCCCGCACCUCGUCGCGCGUUGAGGCCGCCAGCAAGAAACGGACAUCGACGCCGCCCCGCGAGCCUGCGCGUCCACCUACCCCGGUUCCUGUCGUCGUCGAGAAGGAAGCUCUUCCCAAGAGCAUAGUCCCGGGCAAGCCUCUGCCGACCGUCGAGCAGCAACAACCAGAUGACUUGUCGUCGAGCGAAUACCAGUCCUUUGCCGAGAGCCGCGUCUUGGCCGAGUCGCUGGAUCGAUCAAGGAGGAAGUGGCUGAGUGAGGGCAUCUUUGAGAAGUACUGGACAAAGCCGUCAAAGAAGAAACCCAAGGAUGGCCGGCCAGUGGAGGAGCUCAAGAACCCGCCCAAGGACUCAAUGACGAAAAUCGGACAGUGCACAAUUACGAUCGAGCCACACGUCUUCGACGCUAUCAUGUACGUUGUCAAGGACACGACGCCGAAGCAGCCGCCACCACCGCAACAGCUGCCACAAUAUCGGCCCAUCAUGCAAUACGGACCGCCUAAUGGUGUCGUCCCCCAACACCCGCCACCACCACAACCACAGGCUCCUCACCAGCAAUUCGUCCCAAUGCAUGCGGCUCCGCCCCCUCAACCACCACACCCACAACAUCCACCACAACCAAGGCCACAAGACACACCAACCCGACCUUCCGAACCACCACACGCAGGCCAGCCCUCAGCACCACCCCCUCUAAACGGCCACCCACAUCCCCCGCCUCCGCUCAUCUCGCAACCACAUCCUCAAACUCCGCAAACACAAACACAACCACAACCUCCCCCACCGCUCUCACAAUCACAACCUCCGACCCCCCAAUCGCACCCCUCACACCCGCCACACCCGCCACACCCACCACCCGCAAACCCGCUGCACACCCCCUCCGCCCCCCCCGCCAAAACCUUUGACCCGGUAAUCCAAAUGCUCGCCGAGCGCGCCGCCAAAUCACCUGACCUUAAAGCCCUAAUGCGCAUCGUCGCCGACGGCAAAGCCACGCCCGCCGAACUUCGCCGCUUUCAGACCCACAUUGACGAGCUCACCAAAGCUCUCAACGCUCGCGGCGGACCGCCUAAAUCGCAGCCCUCGCCCGCUCCGCCUCCUCCGCUACAGACACAGCAGCCGCCGAUGAUGCAGCAGUCGCAUAUGCCUGGGCCACACCAGGUCCAGCCGAAAUGGGAGCAUGCUGGGACAGCUCCGCUACCACCGCAUGCGCAGAGACAGGGUGGACCGCCGCCGUUGCUCGCGCAGCCGCGACCGUAUGAUAAGCCGCUUCAGCACGCGUCGCCGUACGGCGCGCCACCGCAGCCACAGGCGCUCCGCUCCAAGGGGCCGGUGAGCACGAAGCCCGAGCUUUUGUGUGUGGUUUUUGAGUUUGUGGGGGGGAACGGAGAUAGGUACCUCUUCCCUAAAUACAGCAUCCUCGAAUACGUGCCGGGGGGUCAGGUGAUCGCGUCAUUUCUGAUCGUGCGGAAGGGCUCAGCAGGAGAAGGCGGGGGGUAUGAUCCGGCAUUGGAUUACUACCAGCCUGUUACGAUGAGGUUGUGGACGGGCCAGGGACGCCAGCUGGAGAGUCUAGCCCGCGUGGUACGCCCGCAGGAGGAGGUGAGGCGGUGGAUGGAUGGGGUGAUGGAGGGGAUGACGAGGGGGGAGUACGUCUUACUCGCCAUGCGCUUACCCCGCGAGCGCGGCGUGACUGAUCGGGAGAGAGAGAGGGAGCGGGAAUUAAAGAAAGAGGAGGAGAGGGAGCGGGAAUUGAAAAGGGAGACGGGAGAGGAGGCGAUGCUCUGGAAUACGAGCGCGAAUCAGGUAAAUGGGGGGGUGAGGGUGAAGGCGCCGCCAAAGGGGUUGUCGGAGGAGGAGCGGUAUCAGAAUUUUAUUCGGACGGUUAGUUAGGUGGUUUGGGUUUAUAUGGAUGGCGUUUUUUUAUGGAAGAGGGGGAUGGAUGGGCUGGACAGAUUGAAGGACGGACAGGCUGGGGUUAUUAUCUGGUUUAUUUUUUUUGGGAAAAGCGAAAGGGGGUGGGAAGGAUGGGAAGGGAAGGGGAGAGAAAGAAAGAGGCGAGUCUGUCUGCGACCGUGAGCGAAAAGUGAUAUCUGUAUGCGGAAGAGAUGUUGGAGAUGAUUCGAAGGGGAUGAGAUGAGAUCCUAUCGAUAGUCGAUUUGGACGGACU